GCUGCUGACGAAGACUUAAGGUCUCUCGAACUGCAGAAUUCACAUUCACAUUCCUACAAAAGUUGAGUCCUUGUGUGCAUGUGUAGGGUACAGAAAAUUCACUCGGCGCGCAAUUCACCUUCUAUAAAUGCUUUUGGCCUUGAGUGUUUUGUUCAACGUCCAUCAUAUAUAUCACAAGAACUAGAAACCAAACUACAUAAUUGUAAGCAACCGACACUACCAGUAAUGGAGGUUCAGUGCAGCCCCUUUAGCUGGGAAUUCUUCUCUCAGGAAGAGGGGAUAGAAGAGCUAAAGCGUUCUCUUUCGUGCACAACUUUGGAGCUUGAGAUGACGAUUUUAUCAGCAAAAGAGAAGAUUUCGACAAGAGAAGAAGAAAUUGCUCGUCUCAAAGAUCUCCUAAGCAAAGCCCUCCAAGAGAGAGAUGAAGCAGAAGCAAAAUGCCAAACCCUAGUUUUGGACAAACUCAUGCUCCAACAAGAGCUACAAAAGCAGCAGCAACAAAAUGAGGAUAAUGGAUCAAACAAACACUUUGCCUCUUCUGACUCCGAGAUCAUCGUUCCAUCUCCGAAUGCAGACCCUAUUAUGAUGCCGCCGGCGCCAUUGUCAUCACCGCCGCCACUGCCACAGGCUGCUUUGAAAUUGGGAGCUGAGAAGCCGUUGCCGGAAAAAGGGAAGCUACUUCAAGCAGUGAUUGAAGCCGGACCCCUGCUUCAAACCCUUCUCCUGGCUGGACCGUUGCCUCAGUGGCAGCACCCUCCUCCCCAACUAAAGUCCAUUGAGAUCCCACCGGUUGCCAUUUCUCCUCCACCACGGCGACUUCUAAACCAAGACUCUUGCAUUAGUAGUAGUAAUACUAGUUGUUUCAGUAACAAGAGAAGUCUGGUAAGCUCUGAUGGUUCUGGUUCUGAUUCUCCGCCCAACACCAAGCACCAAAGGACCGUUCUCCAUUGACCAACUAUUUUGUGCUUUUUAGUUACAUAAUUUUCUAAGGCUGCACAUCCUUUUCAUACUGUCAAACAUGCAAAGGGAGCAGCAUGGAAUGGAUUGCUACAAUCCAUAUCAGUUAGAAUUUUUCAAACAACAGUCUUACAAAUGAAAAUUCAUAGCUUCUUUAGAUCCAGUCUAAUAACUAUUUCGUUUUUAGUCUUUAACUCGGAGGGAUUCAAUCUUCUGUUCUCUGAAUUUAGUUGCUCUAAUUCUGUAGUCGAUGUAAAAUUAGUGGGAGCUAUAGCCUCCAAUUAAAAAGUACUCGUGCUAUUUCUUCUCA